UUUCGUUUACCCUCUCCGCGGUAGGUGGUAAAGGGCCCGCCAACAGUGACUCGUUAACGUGGGCAUCACGUCGUCGUACGUCUCCUGGGCGUAGGUCCAGUGAGCGUAGGUUUCGUCGGCGCAGGCCCAGCAAGCGUAGGUCUUUUGAUCGUAGGUCCAGCAAGCGUAGGUCUUUUUAGCGUAGGUCCAGCGAGCGUAGGUCCUUUGAGCGUAGGUCCAGCGAGCGUAGCCCUCGUGAGCGUAGGUCCAAUGAGUGCAGGUCUCCUGGGGGUAGGUCUUCUGGGUUCUCCUCAUUAGGUACUGUAGCAGGGUAGAAGACCGCGUUAGGCCUCCCACAGUUGUCGUAUUUUCAUCACCUUGAAUCCUGCUUGGAGGCGGAGAGGGAGGCACGAUAUUGCGUUCAAACAUCUUGUUGAGUUUCGUGUAUAUGAUGCUAAAUAAUAGGUGGAGAACUGUAUGCACUUAAGCAGAUGUUAUAUCAGAGGAUAGAUUAGCACUUGUUUUUAAACAAAACUUCGUAUGCUGCAUGUUGGGCGGUGACGGGUCUUGUGGGCUGUGGGGUGCGUCAAGGUUGUAUUGCUUGAAAGUUGGGGUCUUCUGCAGGGUAUUUGUCUCUUUGCCUCGUGGCGAGUCAAAAAUUAAUGCGCUGCAUGCCUGUACAACAUUGUUGCACUGGGUCUGGGUCAGGCAAAAAUUAUCCCAAUUUUGUAUAAAUUUUCAUUUAAAAUGUCUUGAGCCUACUUUUACCAGGACUGUGCUGCUCUCAUGCCCUUAGAUCAGUGCCAAACUUUCAGGCACCCAUUUGUGGCAGCUCACACUGAAAUUUUUGUGUGGUGGGCACCUGACUUUUUCAGUGUAACACAAUUUUUGUAGUCUGGGGUGUGAGUAUUUCUUAAUAUUCCAGCAUUAUAGUUAUGUGAAAAACAUCACUAGUGACACAAACAUACAUGCAUGCGCAGUGUCCCUUGAGGCAUGUGACCCUUCCCCCUUAUUUGAAAGCAAAGGGUCUCACCCUGCCUUACUGAGCUUGUGGCAUAUGGUAAAUGUAUGCAUCCAAAUGUUGAAAGGCAAAAAUUCCUGGUAGACAUGUGUUAACAAGUUACAAUCAUAUCUUGUCUUAUGACAGGUAGACAGGUUAUCAUGUUAUAAUUAUACCUUGUUUUAUGACAAAUGAAGUUCUGCAUGCUGGUGCCACAUGCAACUUUGUUUUCACCGAAAGUUUUUUAGUUGUGCUGCCCAUUGUGAACUUGUCGAGCCCACUGUAGGAUGCAGCGUUGCCAUAGCAUUGAUAAUGUGCACCACUUAUGUCGUCCUUCUUUUGUAUGUAUCUGUUUGAUCUUUUACAUCUUCCACCAACACUUUGUUGUGUCGGGUUCACUGUCUUGUUGGUAUAUAAACUUAAGGAUGAUUUGUAAUUAAUGAAUGAGGUUUUGUGGCAUAAGAGUCACUACUUAAUCACUGACAUCAGCAGAAAGGCAGUUUGUUUUGUGGCCAAGCAUCAGCAUGGGGUUUGGAGGUUUGACAGUUUUCAUUCAUGGAAACUGUUUUAUUCCUACUGCCAAUCUAGAAAUGGAACAGCGGCAGAGUGUGAUGUUUGUGCGUUAACAUCCAUCAGGGUGGCCAGGUGAGAACCAUUUGCUCUGGUGGUGGUCAAUUUGACCUCCUGAGAUCUCAGAAACUAAGAGAGCUAGAGACACCAAAUUCACCAGGUGUGUUGACAGGUAAACUCACUUGUGUCAACAUUUUGAGUUCCUAGGUUUUGACCUUCACAUCAAAUAAGGUCAAACAAGAUCAAACUCAAGAUUGGUGUCUUAAGUACUCUGGAAUCUAGAUACCUGUUUUAAACAAAAGAUCACUAGUGCUCAUUUGAGUUAAUUGACCUUGUUUGACCUUUCAUAGGUCAUGGUGACCAAAAUCAUACAAAACUGCUCUGAGUUUUGCAUUUAAAUAUGUGCCAAAUAUUAUGCUGGGCAGUAUGCUCCUGAAAAUGUCGGCAUAGGUUGUUCUAGGUCAUUGACCUAUCCUGACCUACAUGAAUUUUAUGGGAGAUGUAUACUGCAGUUCCUUUUAUCAAUAAACUCAAAUUGAGUACCAGAAUGUACCCUGCACAGCCAGCUACGGAGUACUAAAACAGCCAUCACAAUGGGUAGCGAUGCAAUCUCCCGUCUGGACCAGAAGGUGUGCCAGGGUCAAGCCAUCCUGGUCGCUCUCGAGCCGUUCAGUGGCGUGGACGGGUGCGACAAGUUCGCGCGCAAAGUGCGCGCCGAGCUCAAGUUCCUGCAGAAGCUGCAGCGCAAGCCGCACACCCUCAAGGAGGACCACCUGCGCAGCAGCAACAUGGACAGUCUGCAGGCGAUCGCCGACACGCUGCGCGCGGCCGUCGACGUGACGGCCAUGCUUGCCACCUUCUCGUGCGCCGAGUCCGGCCAGCGUGUGGUGGUGGACGUGGUGGCCGCCGGCGGCGCUCAGUGGAUCAAGGUCAUCUCGCGCAACCCGGCGGCGCUGCAGCGCGUCUCGCUGGGGCAGGGCGAGUUUGGCCAGCGCUCGGCGCAGGAGCAGGCCGAGCAGUACGCGGUCGUCGCCCAGCGCAACAGUCACUACUUCAGGCCGCCGGCUGUGCACUUCGUGUUCUCGGCCGGCGUCGGCCGCCGGCUGGCGGCGAGGCUGCGCGCGCGCGGCGUGCUCGUCUCCUGGCGAGUGCAUCGACGACCACCGGCUGGGCGUCGCCGCCUCCGCCGACGACGACUCGGACGUCUCCUCCGACGAGGAGGAGGUGGAUGGCAUGGAGGUAACGUGACGGAGCCAGGAAGCGAGACGUCACCGGAGGUGUGGCCGUCUGUGGCGGGCGCCGCGCCGCCGACCGCCGGCUUGGCGGCCGAGUCGGGCCUCAACCUGGAUGUGACCGCCAUGCUGGCGUACGUCUCGAACCUCACCAACGGCCGCUGCCACGUGUCGUUCUCGGAGCCGGUGCUGGCGCAGCAGGCCAUCUGGGAGCGGGAGGCGCCCGUCAAGCCCGAGCUGGACCGGCUGUUCGCCGACCGUGAGCUGAUCUGCUGCCGCUCGGCUGAGCGCGCCUUCGUCUCGAUCGUGAACACGGUGGGCGGGCCGAACGAGCAGCGCCGCGCCGACAGCCUGCUCCGCCGCGUGCGGGUAGUGGAGGACAUGAGCGCACCGGCCAUGGCGCUGCUGGCGGCGCGCGGUAAGGUGCGCGGUCGCUCGGCCGCCGUGUUCGGCACGGGCGAGGCGCUGCGUCUGCCCACCGUCACGGCCAACACAGGGUUCGUGCGCGCCGCCGCCGGCCAGGGCGUGCGGCUGACGGCGAUCACACACGGCUCCCGCGCGCUCACCGAGGCAAAGGAGGUGCCGGCCGAGGCCGGCGGCGGUGGCCACGCGGCCGGCCGUUGACGGAGCCACUCAGGAAGCGGCGGAGAUAGCCCUCGAGGCGACGGUCGGCGGCGGCUCGGAGAGCGACGGCGGUCCUGGCGUCGGCAAGCGAUGACGACACGUCAGGCGGAGGCUGGAGCUCGCUGCCGGGGGCCGAUGAGGACCCACUGAGUGCGGCGGUCGCAGGCAGCUCGCAGCUGCGGUCACAAAGCGUGCUGGUCAGCUCGUGAGGCCUCGAUGAUCUAGAGCUCGUGCAGCGCGUGAACUUCGUGCAAUUAAAGGAGCAUUAUUUAAAUUGCGCUCUCGUUUUUGCUUUCAGAUUAAUUCGCACGUACUGCUCGGGCAUCAAUCAUGGAGGACGAUUCCGAUGACUACGAAUUUGCAAAGUGCAACGCCGAGUUCCUAAAAGAAACCGUUCAUGAGCUGCAGCAGACUGACAGAGGGUCUUCGCCCCGUGAGGACUGGCCAAUGCUUGUUUGCGCCGAGGGCGAUUGGGUUGAGUGCCGUGAUCAUGGACCAGGCUUCGGAGAUGGCUGAGCUAUCGCCGACGCUGCACCGGAAACGCUCCCGCUCGCCCGAACUGGGUGCGGGUCCGGGUCAGAAGCGAGCUCGCUUCCCCUCGGGCUGCUCGCCGUCGGAGCCCAGCCCGCGUCGACCCCCAGGGGGCAACGCGCCGCCGCUGCCAUCUAGCCGCGUGACGCCGAAUCGCGCAUGGCCGCCGUCAGAUGGCUCGCCACCGUGCGCUGUCCAAAACGAGAGCGAGAUGGCGGCGCCGUCCUCGAACGACCUGCAAGUGGCGCCGAUGCUGGAGCCUCCGUCCGCGGCGGGGCCCGGGGCCGGCCCCGACGGCCUCCUCUCGGACGUCGAUCUUGACGGCCUGGCGCGACUGUCGACCGACCAGCUGCGGCGGACCGCCGCCUUGCAGUUGGAGGCGAACCUGGUGCGCGUGGCCUCCGCCGAGCGCCUGGACGCCGCGCUGGUGCAGCGCUGGGUGGAGCAUGUGCUAACCCCAAAGCUGCGCUCCGGCGAGGUGCCAUCGGCGGAGCUGACGGCGGCGCUGGCCGGCCUGGCUCGCCGCCACUCGGCCGCCGUCGCCGACGG